UUUACCCUUUCACCCACGUGAAACAGUUGGGUCGCAAUUCGUCGUAUUUUGUAAUUUUCUUUGUUGUAAAAUGCCUAAGAAAAAGACAGGGGCUCGAAAGAAAGCCGAAAAACAAAAAGAACGCCAGCGAGGAAUAAGAGAAGGUCGUGAUAGACCUAUUACGGAAUAUUUUUGCAAUGUGAUAAUGGAAUGUGAUAAGUGCAAAAGACGACAGAAAAAUCGAGCUUUUUGUUAUUUUUGCUCAUCAGUUCAGAAGUUACCUAUCUGUGGAAACUGUGGAAAGACAAAAUGUAUGUCUAAGAGUGGAGACUGUGUUGUUAAACAUGGAACAACUUUUACAACUGGCUUUGGGAUGGUGGGAGCUAUUUGUGAUUUCUGUGAGGCUUUUAUCUGCCACGGCAAAAAAUGUUUAACCACUCAUGCUUGUGAAUGUGCCAUUAGAGAUGGUGAAUGUAUUGAGUGCGAACGAGGUGUCUGGGAUCAUGGUGGACGUGUUUUUGUGUGUUCUUACUGUGCAUCAUAUUUGUGUGAAGAUGACCAAUUUGAGCAUCAAGCCAAAUGCCAAGUACUUGAGUCUGAGACAUUAAAAUGUGGUUCCUGUAACAGAUUAGGUCAAUACUCAUGCCUCAAGUGCAAGGCAUGUUACUGCGACGAUCACGUCAAAAGAAAAGGAGUUAAGUACGUUAGAGGACAGCCUAUACCCUGUCCAAAAUGUGGAUACCAGACCAAAGAGACCAAAGAUCUGAGCAUGUCCACUCGUAACUACGCGUAUUCUCGUCAACGAAAUGAUGUGGACAACGACGACGAUGAUGACUACGGGUCCAGCGGUUUCAGUUACGGGUCAAGUGGGUUCAGUUACGGGUCAGGCGGGUAUGCUUACGGGACAUCCCACUACGCAGAUAAUGAAGACGAAGAUGAAGAUGAUAGUGAUGAGGAUGAUGACGAGGAGGAAGAGGAGAAAGAAGAAAUUGAUGACGAUGACGAUGACGAUGACAAAGAAGACAAACAGGAAAGAAGUGACAUGGUGGACGACAAGUUGUCUGAAUUAAAAGUUUCAGUGUCUUGACUAAACUCAAAGGUUUUCUUGGAAUUGGACGACUCUUUAUUAUCUGCAGAAACUGGCGUUUAUGCAAAGAAUAUUUUAUUAUUGCAGAAGAAUAAAAUAAUGAAUUAAAUAACAGAGAAGAGUCAGUAGAAUCGUACCGGUCAAAAGUUUGAAAAUGAACUGACAUUUGUAAUGUUUGUCCUUGCACAUGUGAGCAUUGUAAAGACUUAUAAUGUUUUUGAAUUAGCGCCUUGACUAGAGGAAAAUUGCGCGAAUUCUUUUCUCAUUCGCAUGUAAAAUCUUUGAUUACGUGAGGCCCGAAGACUGGCGCGUGAUCCUCAGAACCAAAAAGGCAAAAUAAUCUCGCUUAAGUAAACAGCUCUACUUCCGCGCAGUGUUUCUCUCUCGAAUUGCUGUUUCAGUUGCCGACAAUUUAAACAGAAAGUUAAUACUCAAGAGGAAGAAAAUUGGAAAAGUCGAUUGUUAAUGAAAAAUUUGACAUGGUGCGAUGACUUCCAUUAUAUCAUAUUUUAACAGGGGCUCAACAAAGAAAUGUAUCUUUCUUUAAUUGUUUUAUUUUCGGGAAAAAAAAAAUUAAAUCAAAACAAAAAAAAAAACAUUUCAAAAGUGCAAUAACAAUUUUCAAACUGGAUACAUGUGAUUCGCAAGUUAGCCCGCGGAAAACCUGAAUUAGCAAUCCGUGAAGUAGCCAUAUUAUGUUCGUUCGACAUCGGAUUUUUACAGUUUACAACAAUUUUAUGUUUUCGUUCAAAACAUUUAGAUCGUGAGUUCCAAAAGAUAGGUAAUGUGUUUGAUUGGUAACACUGUAUGCCUCUGCUAAGAUACGUGACAAAUUUUUAAAUCAGUUUUUGUGUUGAAAAUAAAUAAUCGAUUUCAUUCAAAUAACAAUGAAAAGCAAGUUUGUCGGCUGUAGUACAUUUGAUUGUCAUUCUUAGUUUUAUUUAUUAACAAUUUUACAAGGUUACUUUAACACAUUCAU